UUUGUUUUUCCGAAAUUCAAAAUUUUUUCUCCGUGAAAACUUUUUGGAAUUGAAAUUGGUUGUAAGCCUCAAACAAAAUUUAUACAAAAAUGGUCGGCUUUUCCACAGCAAGAGGUUUUUUACGGCCCCAAAGUUUAAUUUGCGCCGUGAAGAACUGCUUUCGUUUGUCGUCAACGUUUGAGGGGUGCGAAAAAGGGGUUGAUAAAUGCCCCAAGCCAUUAAAAUACCCCUGCGGAAAGCCGGAAAUGCAGGCACCGCCCAAGAAGAAGAAGCCAAAGAAGUUCAAGUCGAUGUGGCUGAACCCCUUCUGCGAAGAGGGGGAGUCGUACUGUCCGUUCAAUCCCCGAUUUGACGACAUCUACUACGUGGAGUCAGACAAGGCUAAGCGCAGGUACUGGCAGACCUGGGUCUCGUGUCCGCCCCUCAAGAUAAAGAAGAAGAAGAUCUGCUGCUUCGCCCUGGCGAAGGGGCCGCCAGUAAAACGCCGCAAGCACCGCAAACCCAAGACCGCCUGCGGGCCGCCACCAUGUCCCGAGGAGGGGGAUUGUCCGAAGGUGAAGCGUCGCUGCCACAAGAAGGGUCGCAUUCCUCCCGACUGCACACGCUACCCAGUGCCCUCGGACUGCCGCAAGCCCUUGACUCCCUACCCCUCAUUCUCAGAGUGUCGACGACUCAAACCCGGUGCCCUGCCCCUCAGCGAAUGUGCUUGCUAUAGACGUCCAAUGAUGUGCGAGAUGUGGGCCGAGUUCCGGCUGCGUGCCCUGCGGAAGAAAUAGACCAGAAGAGUAACUCAAAUUGAAACAACCAAUUUAGAAGGUCUGGAUCUGUCGGAUAAAAAUUAAAUAAAAAAAUUUUGGACUAUAGA